AGUUGGAUGUGUAUAACGUUUGGGGUAGUUUCGUUUGAUAACGUGGCGUUUAGAAAUUAUCAACCUGUUUGUGGCAAGCUAAUUUGCUAGCUAAUGCUACAGGCUAGAUUCGCAAUCAACGUGCGGGUUUAUGUUGACAUUAAGGGAGGUCCAGAAGGCGUUGUCUCGUGCCAGGAGCCUUUAUGAACGCUGGGAGGAGCUUCUGGAGGAGGGCACUCAGGUGAGCAAAGAUGAGCUGGACUGGAGCACCAAUGAACUGAGGAACUGUCUCAGAGCCAUAGACUGGGACCUGGAGGACCUGAGUGAAACCAUCAGUAUCUUUUUCUGUCUUUAUAAACAUAACGCUUCCACACACAGAGAGAACGAGGGAAAGAAUGAAAGAUGACAGAGUAUGCUAUAUGAGGGCACUUCCAUGUAACUGGACCAGGAGUCUUUACGGACGCUGGGAGGAGCUUCUGGAGGAGGGCACUCUGGUCCACACACACACUGGACACACACACGCCUCUUCACUGCAUUUCUACUGGAAUGUGUGCAGCUACAGCAUGUAAAACAACAGCUUGGAAUGUGUGACAGAGUAUCCUAUAUGAGGGCACUUC